GAUGCUAUCUCCUAUGAUACCCUGGUGUAAUUGGGCCGGGAAUACAGUUGUUUAAACACUUAACAUAAUUUACCCCGUGUGGCCCCGUUGCAUACAUUUACCUCACAAACCAAUCUUCAGUCCGAUUUAAAAUAACAGAGUGGUUGUGGCUAAACUCAUGCAUCGUCACGCUAUCGACAGUAAAAUCAGAAUGUAUCAUCAUACCUGUACCUACACUUUGACCUCUGACCUUAUUAAGGGUCACGUCCUAUAAACAUUUGACGGAGUCUGAUAUCCGGGUAGUCUAGGGGUGAAUAGAAGUGAAUUGAUUUUGCCUUCAAAUUUGUCAAUCGGAUUGACCCUUGUGGAAAUCCUACAGAUAUAUACGUGUCGAAUUCUCUAAUAUCUGACAUUUGUGUCUCCCCCACGCAGAGUCCAAACGUGACGAAAAGGUAGGAUAGCAUGCAGUCGAAAUUAGCCUCAGAACAACAGGUCGAGAUGAUGGUGCCGCAUUUAACUGCAUCUUACUACGAUAGAACAGAUCAUUUUUCAGCUCAUGGGAUAAUUUGUGUUUUAGCUGAGUAUUUCAUUGAAGCAGAAGCAAUGGGGUUCUUUACUGCGAGAUUAGCACAGGAAAAUAUGAGAACGUUCACAGUUCAGGAGAAUAUAGUUUAUUCUCCCAAAUUACAUCGGAAGGCUUCAAAGAAAAACGGAGAUCUUCUACAUCGAGUCUUCUUUGCGUCUAUUGGGCAAACCUCGUAUGCUUUUACACAGGAUCUGCUGGAUCCGUCUUCAAAGGAACAACUUGUUCAUCUCGAAUCGAAAGUAGUAAACAUUGAUCCAGAGACACGGCGUCCAUCAAAACUGCCAUCAUGGGUUACUGAACGAUUUUCCAAUUUUGAAAAAAUUGACAAACCAAUACUGUCUACGAGACAAGAGGACAUCAUCCCACCUCACGAUGCUUUCAAAACAGUGACUCGCACUAGACCGAGCGAUAUGGAUUCCAACUUCCACGUAAACUUUUCCGUAUUUUACAGGUUCUGUACAGAUUGUGCUACAGAAGCGUCUCUAGCGGGGCAUUACCGUCACUUUAAAGACGACAUGUGUUGGUUUCCUGUUCUGGAAACUAAGGCUACGUUUCUUGGCGAAGCUCCAGCGAGUGUAAUGCUGGAUGUGUACAGCUGGCAGGACACUGAUCAUGAACAGAGGCUGUAUUUUGCAAUUUAUCGAAAAAAUGAGAGGAUAUUUCAGGCAUCCUUUCUUUACAGUUUAGUUAAGUCAACGCAACAGAGCAUUUCAAAAAUGUAAAUGGUAUUUAUUAUAGGUUCUGUUUAAGGGGGAAAUCGGUCGCAUAAGACAUAUAUAACUUAAAUAUUUCUUAAUUUGUUUUUUUCCCUUUCAAAUUAUGUUUGUUAACAAAGUCUAUGUUGACUCGAAAGUUUAAUUUAAUAGUGUUUGCCUUUUUGAAACUUAUAACAAUGAAAUAGUGUGCGAGCAUAACGAACUUCAUAAGUUCACCCGGUCAGUAGAAGUGCUUUUAAUUUAUAUUGAUAGAGUUAAACAAAUCAAUGACGCUUGUAGGAUAUUUAUGGUAUCAUAUAUGGAUUAUUUUUAUUCACAUCAUUAAAUAUUAUAAUAAAAAUAAUUAAAAAAAUGACAUACCAGUGUUGAAAUAGAUAACAUAAUUGUAUUUAUCUCCCUUCGUCCACAAUACUAUUUGUACGUCGUCGUCAAUUUCAUCAUCUUGAUCAUUUCCGUCAAGUUUAAUAUAAACUUAUGCAGACUGAUUUCUAUCGAGUCUUCAUAUCUUGAAGUGGUACGCAAAUACUUAAAAUGUAUUACUCUUCGAUUUCUUUUAACUGUCUUUUACAUUUUAAAUUGAUGGGUUUUUUUUGGUUAAAAUUACUAUAACCCGAAGGAGUAAAGAUGAAAUCUCCUAAAAUAUAAAAUAUACAGUCUAUUUAACACUUAUCAUCAUCUAUUUAAUGUUCUUCUUCGUUGUUCCGAACAAAAAAUCUACCAUUGCUUUUUAGAAUCCCUCAAAUCCUUGAUAUAAACCUUUUUUUACACAAAUAUCAAAAUGGUUGCCGCCUCUUCUUACGAAGAACAAUGACGUUGCGACACAUUGAUAUAUAUAUUUCAAACAAUUAAAAUGGAAUUUAAGUGCUUCACUUUUUAACUGAAAAUUACAAUUGUUUUCGUCUCGACUCCUCGAUAACCGUUAAGGGGACGUAACCCACGCUAUACCGGUAAAAUAGCUACACACGGCCGGGGAUAUCACAAUUUCCCUUACUAUUUCCGUUAAUGUUGUAAUUAAAACUCGCUAAUCAACGGAAGUAAAUAACAUGCACCGGCUAUUUCACCCCUGGACCCCCCUUUGCCAAGCCCUUCUUCAAGGAGACUCACUUAGAACACUCAACUCUGGGAUGUUGUUAUUAUAUAACGGUCUAAUGAAGCACACGGACACACAUUUAUAAAAUUAAA